AUGAGAACGACCCCCACCCUGUUCUCAAGAUGGUUACCGACGCAAAUACCACAGCGGGCGACUCUGUUCCUGCGGCGAACCACGCUGCCCAUCAAGUUGGCUCGGAGGGACCUGCAUCUGCUUCAAACUCUGGCGGCGCUCCUGAGGGGACAGAGCCCCAAUACAAGCGGGAUACCCGAUCAUCCCCGCAAACCCAAGAACAACCCGUUCUCCGCUGAGGAGAUCGCGGCCGAGGAGCGCCGGCCCAAGAAGAAGGUUGCCGUGCUCUUUGGGUACUCUGGCACGGGCUACCGCGGGCUACAGAUCAACAACGAAGAAAAGACGAUUGAGGGCGAUGUCAUGAAGGCUUUCAUCGCGGCGGGCGCCAUCUCCAAGGCCAACGCGGACGAUCCCAAAAGCCUCAAGCUCAUUGUCGAGGACGACCACGUCGUGGAGAAGAUCAACGAGAACCUCCCGCCCCAGAUUCGCGUGUGGGGCAUUCAAAGGACGAACAAGGGCUUCAGCUGCUACCAGUCGUGCGAUUCGAGGUGGUACGAGUAUCUGCUGCCGAGCUAUUCGCUGCUCCCGCCGCACCCGGACAGUUAUCUGGGCAAGAAGAUUGCCGAGUUCGCGCUAGAAAAGGGCACGGUGGAGGAGCUCAGAGAGAAGAAUGCCGACGUGGGCGAUUACUGGAAGGAGACGAGGGCCACCGUGAUGGAGAGGCUCAAGCUGUCCGUCGACGUACCCAUUGACGGGGCCCCGGCCGCUGGCGUAGAGCCCGAAACAUCGGCUCCCGAGCCUCCCAAGGCGCCGUCCCCGGAAUCGGCCGCCGAAGCGGAACAAGGCGCUGCGGGCGAUGCCCAAGAUAACACGGGUUUCGCGCAGCGCGAGCUGGGCCCCGUCGACUUUGCCCUCCGCGACAUCAAGCUCGCCUAUGUCGCCGCGAAGCGCCGCUACCGCAUCUCCCCGGCUCGCCUCCAGCGUCUGCAAUCCGCCCUCGACGCCUACCCCGGCACGCACAACUUCCACAACUACACGGUGCAAAAGUCGUUCAAGGACCCAGACGGAGUGGCUUUCCUCAAGGUCCACGGCCAGUCGUUCAUGAUGCACCAGAUCCGCAAGAUGGUGGGGCUCGCGACCCUCGUCACGCGGUGCGGCACCAACCCCGCGCUGAUCAACGAGACCUACGAGGCCACCCCCAUCGCCAUCCCCAAGGCCCCCGCCCUCGGCCUGCUGCUCGAGAGGCCCGUGUUUCAGAGCUACAACUCCAAGGCUACGGGCACGCUGGAGAGGGAGCCCAUUGACUUUGCCAAGUAUGAUGACGCUAUCGAGCCGUUUAAGCGGGAGCACAUUUACACCCGUAUCUUUGAGCACGAGGAAAGGGAACACACUUUCCACGGCUUUUAUCAGCAAAUCGACAGCUUCCGCAGUGACUUCUUCCUCUGGAUCACCCCCGGAGGCAUCGCCGCGGCCAAGCUCCGCCAGAGCGCUACCGACGUUGCCGAGACCGAAAAGGCCUUGAACAAGCAGCUCGGACAGGAGGAUGAGGAUGAUGAUGUGGCGAACCCCGAGGAGGGCGAGGGCUAG